AUGUCGGACCGCCAAGACUCUGCAAUUUCUGCUGAACUUAAGGAAUGGCUUUUCUCCACUAUCGCGGAGUCCAUUCCUAAGGCUUUGGCAGCCUAUCAUGAACAAACUACUGCAGAGGUUCAUCCCUCUACACACCAAACCUCUGAUUCUGAGGACUCUCACCUCUCUGACCAAGACAGCGCCCCGCGCAAAAGACCCUGGAAAGGGAAUAGCGCUACUGCGGGCAAAG